AUGAGCACUCCACCAAAUCAUAAUACAUUGAAUAGGGGCUCAAAUAAUUUUGGUACUUCACCUAUUGUAAAUAAUAAUUUUGUACAACCAUCACAACAAUCACAAUCACAAUCACAGCAAUCACAAUCACCAUUACAUGAAUCAUUAUCUAGAUCACACUCAUUUACAAAUUUAUCACAAAAUCAACAACAACAACAACAACAACAACAACAACCAACAAAUCAACAACAACAACAACAACAACAUCAAUUUGUUACAGCAACAACACCAACAACACCACAAAAUGGUGGAUUUAAACAAGCAUCGCAAAUGUCUAACUCCGUAUCAAAUUUUGAUUCAUUUGGUAGUACAUCUAUUCAACCAUUACCACAACAUCAACCAAUAUCUUACUUUCCAAAUCCACAAUAUUCAAAUUCUUCAAGUUUAGUUGGUGAUGAAACAACUUUAAAAAGAUUAAUUAAAAUUGGUAAUUGGAAUAAUGUAUUUAAAGUUGCAGAAUUAUGUAUAGCAAAUACCAAUAAUCCUCAAAGUAUAUUACAAUAUAAAUUAUGUAGAAUUAUUGCACAUGUAAAAAUGAGAUCAUAUUCAGCAGCCGAUAGUGAAAUUAAAGGUAUUGGUGAUAUUAGAGACCUUGUGAAUUGUUAUGAAUCCUAUCCUCAAUUAUUCCCUGGUAAAAAAGGUUCAAUGGUACCUUUCUCAAUGAGAAUCAUUAAAGCUGAAUUAGCUUGUCAUUUAAAUACUGAAAAGUUUCAAUUAGAUUCUUUAUAUGCUUUAUUAUCAAUUUGUAAAAAAGAAAUUCAAAAUUUAAAUGAAACUAUUAGUAAAAAUAAUAGUAAUAAUAAUAAUAAUAAUAAUAAUAUAAUUAAAAAAUCAACAAGUACAAUCGUAUCAGAAGAAUUAUCAAAGAAUCAUAAUAUUUAUUUAUCACAAUUAGAGAAUACUACAGCAUCAUUAAUAUCACCAAGAAUUGAAGAAAGUAAUAAUAGUAAUAGUAGUAAUAAUAAUAAUAAUAAUAAUACAUCAACACCAAUGUUACCAAUUUCAAGUACAAUUAGUGUUGAAGAGAUUUUUGAACAAGGUGGUAAUACAUUACAAUCAUUGUUAGAGUUAUUAUCACUUUGGAGGGAAAGAGAACGUCGUAUCAUAUUUUCAAUUGUGACUUUUAUAAUUCAAAAGAAUAGAGAUUUCCUAUUGGCAAUUAAAAUAUUAGAGGAUUUAAUUCAAAAGUUUGAAGCUGAUAUUUACAUUUUAUCAGCUUUAGGUAGAAUUCAUCUUCAAAUGGGUAAUUUAAAAGGUGCUGAAAAAAUAUUCAAAUUUGUUGAUAUCAUUAUAAAAAAUACAAUUAAUGAUAAUAAUAAUAAUAAUAAUUUAAAUAAUUCAUUAAAAAUUUUAUCAUUAAUGAAUCAUGGAUUUUACUCAAUUGCAAGUGAUCAAUAUCCAUCAGCUAUUAAAUAUUUUGAAGAUGUAAUUCAAAUCGAACCAAAUAAUAUAGCUGCUAUAAAUAAUAAAUGUAUUUCAAUGUUAUACACUUGCGAUCUUGGUGGUGCUAUCACUGAAUUGGAAGGUGUGCUUCAAGAGAAAACUUCACCAAUUGAUCCAUCACCAACAACUCAAACUACUACUCCUCAAAAACAAAAAUAUGAAAAAUCAAUUGAUGAAACUUUAAUAUUUAAUAUUUGUUCUUUAUAUGAAUUGGCAAGUGAUAAAUCAAAUGAAAAAAAGAAAUCAAUUAUGGGUGAUGUUGCAAAGAAAGCUCCUGAUAAUUUUGAUUUUAAAGUUUUUAAAAUCUCUUCAAACCCCACACUUUAA